ACUUCAGCUAGUAUUAAUUUUUUUAUUCAUCUUCUUCCUUAGGAGUAUAACGGUUUCUCUAUGAAGCCUUCUUCAAAUAUGGAUUUCAAUUGAAUAACACACUGUUGGGUAUGUCUUCCUUCCCAAUUGAAUGAUGUAUCAAAGAGCAAAAUCGAUUAAUAAUCGGAAUCUAUUAUCUCCUAAUUAUUACUAUUAUUACUACAAUACUAAUUACAAUGAAAAAGCUUUAUUCCACACCCACACACAACAACCUCAAAACCAAAAACCAAAAUCAAACCUUCGAAAUCGCAAACAAAUUCCAUUCAUAACCGAAAUCAAACAUGUUCAAACCUCAGAACAAGCUUUGUCUCUGUUUCAUCAUUACAAAGAACUCGGUUUCAAACACUAUUACCCUUCAUAUGCUGCAUUACUCUACAAACUCGCACGUUCUAGAAACUUCGAAGCCGUGGAAACAAUCCUCACAUACAUGAAAGAAACCAAUGUUCAAUGUAAUGAAACCCUUUUCAUUGCUCUGUUUCAACAUUAUGGUCCUGUAAAAGCCAUUGAACUCUUUCAUAGAAUGCCACAUUUUAACUGUGUUCGUACUUUACAGUCUUUUAAUUCGCUUCUUAAUCUUCUUAUUGAUCAUUGUAUGUUUUGUGAGGCUAAUGAUGCUUUUGAUCGAUCCUAUGAAAUGGGUUUUCGUCCGAAUACUGUUACGUUUAAUAUUAUGAUAAAGGGUUGGUUGGUGAAAGGUGAAUGGGGGAAAGCAUGUGAGGUGUUUGAUGAAAUGCUUCAGAAGAAAGUGCAACCUAGUGUUGUUACUUAUAAUAGUCUUAUUGGGUUUUUGUCUAGAAAGGGUGAUUUGGACAAAGCGAUGGCGUUGGUUGAUGAUAUGAGACGUAAAGGAAAACGCGCGAAUGGAGUGACGUAUGCGCUUUUGAUGGAGGGUUUGUGCUCUGUGGGGAAGUAUGAGGAAGCUAAGAAGUUAAUGUUUGAUAUGGCGUAUCGUGGAUGUAAACCUCAGCUUGUGAAUUUUUCUGUUUUGAUGAAUGAUCUUGGAAAGAGGGGUAAGAUUGAUGAGGCGAUGGUUUUAUUCCGUGAGAUGAGAAAGAGGCGGCUUAAGCCGGAUGUUGUGACGUACAAUGUAUUUGUGAAUUAUCUUUGCAAGGAAGGUAAGACGGCGGAAGCUUACAAAAUGUUGGUUGAGAUGCAGAUUGGUGGUUGCGAGCCAAAUGCAGCUACAUAUAGGAUGAUGCUUGAUGGUUUGUGUCGGAAUGGGGAUUUUGAGGGAGGGUUGAAUGUUUUGAAUGCAAUGAUGGCUAGUAGGCAUUGUCCGCGACCCGAUACGUUUAAUUGUCUGGUUGUUGGGUUAUUGAAGUCUGGGAAUAUUGAUGGUGGAUGCUUUGUUUUGGAAGAGAUGGUGAAGAGAAAGGUAGAUUUUGAAUUGGAGAGCUGGGAAGCAGUGAUAAAAUAUGCUUGCAGUGAGGAUGAUAAUGGUGGCAGUAGGCUUAGGAUUAUACUUGCAUCUCAGUCCAUCUAAUGCAAUAGCUAUGAACCAAUUGUGGUACCAUUUUGAAUUUCCACUUGCCCUGAUUCUAAUUGUACACAAGAUGCUGGUUUUCCUGGCGCAGAAGCUACCGGUGGUAAUUAAUGACUAAAUUCAUUUCAAAACGAUGAACAAAUUGUUUUCAGUGGGUUUAUAGAGGCUUCUGGGAAAGAUGAGAUGGAAGUGAAGUCACGGGAGUUCGAGUCUGCAAUUGCCGGUAUUUUUUUAUCACUGUUUUCCCAUGGUUUGCAUAUAAAAAAGUUCUGAUGAAAGUUGAUUAAAAGGUUGAAAUUGGUGUUUCUGUUUCGAAUUCGUUUGAAGAAUGGUUGGAGUCCUUAUCAAACAUUUACACCAUACACCACCUAAAAUUUUAAAAUUUCAGCUCUUCAUAGAAUUGUAAUCUACCAAAUAAGAAAGGAACCAUACUGUUGUAAACUUGUUAUGAAGUUUCUUAAUUUUUAAAUUUUAAAAGAAUGAAUUUU